UCCCAACUCAAUCCCUUCCCAUAGCUCAUCUCAUCAUCGGCUACCUAGAGAUGGGAGCGUCGUACCAGCCUCUGGAUUCCCACAACCACCACAAGCCAUCCAGCAAAAACCCUCCCUGUUUCGUCUCCAAACCCGUCUGCGCUCUGCUCGCCUGCGGCUUCGUCUCCCUGGCCCUCCUCCACCUCCUCUGCUGCUCUCCCGCCGGCGCUCAACGGCCGGCGUUCUCCCCUCUGCUCCAGUACAUCAACAACACCUACUACUCCGUCUCAUCAGUGCCGGGAGGAGAUGAGGGCUGCAACUACUCGGAGGGGAGGUGGGUGUGGUCGCCGGGCUACGCGCGGCGGUACAACGCCACCGAGUGCAACGUCAAGGAGAGCCACGACUGCCUCCGCAACGGGCGGCCCGACACGGGCUACCUCGACUGGCGGUGGCAGCCGGCCGGUGGGUGCCCGCUGCCGGCGUUCGACGCUGGGGCGUUCCUCUCGGCGGUGCGCGGCAAGCACGUCGCCUUCAUCGGCGACUCCAUGGCGCGGAACCAGGCCCAGUCCCUCGUUUGCCUCCUCGGCGCCGCGUUCCCGAGCCGGCUCGUGUACCGCGACGCCGACCAGCACAAGCACAACUUCUGGAGGUACGCGUUCCCGGCGCACGGCGUGACGGUGUCCUUCUACUGGAACCCGUUCAUCGUCAAGGCCACGGGCAAGUCGGAGGACGAGAGCGUCCGCGAGAACCACGUCCACCUCGACACGCCCGGCGACGGGUGGGGCGCCGACGCCGACACGAUCGACGUGGCGGUGCUCGGCGCCAGCCACUGGCUGCUGAAUGGGGCCAUCUACUACAACGGCAGCGAGGUGAUUGGCGCCCACAACGCCCCCGCCGAGCUCAACUACACCGGCGUCGGCUACGCGUGGCCGCUCAAGAUGGCGUACCGGACGGCGGUGGAGCGGCUGAGUUCGAGCCGGCCGCGAACGGUGGUGCUGGCCACGUUCUCGCCGGCGCACUUCGAGGGCAGGCCGAGCGACAGCCCCACGGCGUGCACGAAGAUGGAGCCGUACGAGGAGGGGGAGAAGGAGCUGGACUGGAUCUGCAGGGAGCUCAGGGACAUCGUGUACGACGAGGCGGAGGCCGCGAGGGCGAGGAGCGCCGGGGGCGGCGCGACGACGAGGGUCGAGGUGCUGGACGUGACGAAGCUGGCGGCGAUGCGGCCGGACGGACACCCGAGCGUGUACAUGCACCGCGACCCGUUCGCGCACGGCGUGCCGGAGAGGAUGUACUCCGAUUGCCUCCACUUCUGCCUGCCCGGGCCCGUCGACACCUUCAACGAGAUUUUGCUGCAGAUCCUGAGGAGGAAGAGGCGAUGAAACACAAACCGCUCAUCACUUGUAAAACUUGCGUCUUAAAUAUACUUUAUUUAUUCUUUCAAACACUUGUACUCUGAAAGAAGCUCAGGAAGAGAGAUUUUGCUAAAGCCAGUGAGGCAACAAAAUUCAGAGCACGCCAAAGCCAUACAGUGGUCGAGGGA